UGUCAGACCCUCAGUCAGUCUGUGGUUACAGCAAAGCGAGGCUCAUCAGCCAAUGACGUUUAACCAGGAAGCAUACAGACAGUAUUACGGAAAUUGCGUUGGUUCCGCUGCUGCUGCACCAACGUGCUGCUAACGGUGAAGCACCAAGGAGCCAAAGCGGUGUGCAGUCAUGUGGCCUCUAGUUUGGACAGCGGUGCGGACCUAUGCCCCUUAUGUCACCUUCCCCGUGGCCUUUGUGGUGGGAGCAGUGGGCUACCACCUGGAGUGGUUUGUCAGGGGGACCCCUAAACCUCGAGAGGAGAAGGGCAUCCUGGAACUGAGGGAGGAGAGGAAGCUGCAGGAACAAGUGGGUAUGGACAGCACCCAGGUGCUUAGCCUGAAGGAGAAAUUGGAGUUCACACCUAGAGCAGCUCUGAACAGGAACCGACCUGAAAAGAGCUAACCCGUGUGGGCGUGAGAGACUCGUGUUUGCCCUUUCUCAGCAGGUGGACAUAGCAUUGGGAGCAAACGGGGUGGCGUACCAGAGGGCAGAAACACCCAUCCAUCCCGAUCACCUAAGCCAUACAUUCUCACCCACCCACCCAAAAGCAUCAUCUUGCCUGUGUAAAUAUCAGACACUAGCUAGAAGGUAAUUAAAAACGGAUACCUGGCUUUUAUUGAGUCAAAUAUAGCUUGUAUAUGAUUUGUUGACCUUCCACUUGAUGUUGCACGAUCAAUAAUAAAUAAAGCAAGACACUGCUUUGAACUGAUGACAGGGUUUAAUCACAACUUGUUCAUUUUCUGAUUUAUUUAAGUCUAGCUGUGGAGCUAUGACACAUUUUAUUGCGUCUUUGCUGUUAUAUCACACAUGUCAUUUCUUGACAAAUGAUUAUGAUGUUAAAAGCCUGUCAUAUGUUUCGCCUUUUAAUCCUUUCUGUAUGUUGAGGAAAGACUUGUGAUGAUUGUGAACAUAAAUGUGGUGGAAGAAAUGCAGGUCUUUGUUGUAGUUUCUUCUUAUCCCAUGUAACCUUUUGAUGGUAUGUGACAAAAUAAGCCAGCAGUGCGGGAGGUCUCUCAGCAAGUUUAAGCUGCUUAGUCCUAUUGUCUGGAAUAUCUUCACAAUACUUUCAUUUUAGAAAGUCUGGAUGGUUUGCACACUAAAAGUUAUGUGUGUUACUGAAACAUGAUAAAUAAAGGACAUUUGUGUUUGUA